AUGUCUUUAGAAAAGAAAGAUGAAGGAAAUCCGGAAGCAUUAGAGGAAGCUGGAAUACUCGAGGCCGAUGUUGGAGCUAAUUUUGACCAACAGCUAGCUGGGAUAGAUCCAAAACUUAAAAUCAACAUGGACCCGCAAGCGCACAGACACCUGCGCCCUGAAAUGAUGUUCAUACGAGAAGAGCUGCGCCAAGCUAAGCAACAGACAUUGGCUGUGCGUCGUACAGCUCUAAAGAAGCUUCUCAUGAAAGAUUUUCUUCAAGAAGAUUGCGAGUUAAGGAACAUUGGCUUAUGCUAUGCCCCUCCUGAUCCU